AUGUCCUGGGUUAUUACAGGAUCGCCCCAGCAAUAUGAGAGGGCAACGUAUCCUGAUGCUUUGGAAAGUGUGCUGUGUCUGAGUUGACAUUGAAUCAGGCCGUCUGUUGACAAAUCUGGUAAUAUUUGAAGAAGGCGAAUAUCGUGCUUGGAUGUAUCCAGUGGUUGGUAUGGGAAAGGCUGGCGGUGUUAAAGCGAUGAGCAAGAUGACUCGAAGGAAGUAG